CCCGACAAGUUUUUUUUUUGCGCUGAGAAGUAAAACAUUUCAAAGAAGGAUUUUUAACCAGCUUAACUCAAAAAAAAUGGAAAUACUUUUAUCUUUCAAAUUUAUUACAAUUUAUUAAAAAAAGAAGAAAACAAUUAUUCAUGGAAAAAAUUGUGGAACCCGUGAAAGGAAACGAAGAGGGAUGCUAUUCUGUAAUUCAAAUCAUUGAAAAGAAAUUAAUGCAAACGUUACAUCAUGAGUUCGGUCAUGCUCAACACUCUUCCCAUGACAAAUCGGUUAAACAAUUGUUUCGCAUCACACGGCAAGGUUUGUGGAAGGCUUCUAUUAUCAGUGAAAUUUUAGUUUAUCUUCAACGGUUGUCGUUCUCGAAGAGAUCAGCUUCCGUUAGAGAAGUGUACUAUCGGAUGUCUCAUCGUGUGAAGAAUCAGCAAGUCAUAUCACGUCUACUUAAAGGAAUGUGUUCUACGUUAGGAUGUUCUCGACAUGAUCUUGGACUCCGAGUGUCGGAAAAAGGUCUUGUGUUCGGGAAUCUACAAUUCAACUAUAAAUCGGAAACAUUAAGCUGCGCGACGCAUAUAUCAGGACGUUUAAUCUCAGAAUUAUUUUGCCAGAUAACGGAUAUUUCGGCACCCAAAAAUGCCAUUAUCCUAAUAGUAGAAAAAGAAGCUAUUUUUCAGUCACUAGUUGAAGAUUUGUGGAACCAUAACGAAUCCUUGUUCAUUUUAAUCACUGGUCGCGGAUACCCAGAUAUCAUAACGCGACGUUUUAUUAACCAUUUGCUAAGUAUUUUAAAUCCACCUACAUACUACUUGGGAGAUUAUGAUCCUCAUGGUAUUGGGAUUUAUCUGGUUUAUCUUCUAGGAGGAAGUGAUGUUGAAAGCCAAGAUACUGGGACUUUGGCGAUUCAUUGGCUUGGGCUCCACUACAAAGAUGUACAAAACCUUCCAAGCAGAGUUUUCAGUAGUAUUUCCCAAAAAGAAAAAAAGCUUCUUGACAAUUUCUUGAAAAAUCCACGUUUAAACGGUUUUCCUAAGAUUCAAAAAGAGCUCCAUAUAAUGAAUGAAAUACAAUUAAAAUGUGAGCUUGAGGCACUCCAUAUGUUUGGAUCAAAAUAUCUUUUAUCUAGUAUAAUUGCUAAGAAAAUUUAUGCAAAAGAAAUACUAAUGUAAAGGAUUUUUUUUUUUAUAUGAAAAUGUUUUGUGACGGCUUUAAGAUAUUACAAGAGCCAAAGUCAAGUCUGGCCACGUUUAAAUUAUCUUGCUUCGUAUUGCAUUACUGAAAAAAAAUGUACAUAUACAUAAACAGAAAUCUAAAGGAACAAAAAACAAACAUUUUCGUGUCCUUCGUUUAUAAAAAAUACGGCAUCCACAACUUCGACAUCUCACCGCUGAAGUUGGUUGCAAAAUUACAUCAUAACCACAAUCUAUAAGCAGCAAAUACAUCAAUAGGAGGAAACUUUUUGUACAAAAACACCAUUCAAAUAUUACCACUACAAAUAUACGUCACGGGUUCUGACGCUGGUUGAGAAUAAUCGAAAUCCAUCGAUUCGCAAGUUGUGUGAUAGCGUAACGAGAAACUGAGUGACUCAUGCGGUAUCAGAUUAUGAUCCAAGUUGUCUACCAGACGGAUUAGUGAUUGUUCGAACCAAGAAUUUAGUUACGUUUAUUUAUUCU